AUGGAAACCCACGCUCUCCUUCGUUCGUUCAAAGCAAACACGCCAGCUUUUGGAUUAUGGCUUACAAAUGGCGGGUUCUUUCAUGCUCGUGCGCUCGCUCAAGCCAGUCCUCGGAUUUCCUGGAUCAUGAUCGAUUGCGAGCACGGUCUCGUUGGGCUUAACCCCGGAGCAGCAGAACUGAUUGCUGCUGUUCAUGGUGUGAGGGAUGGACCGAGUGCGUUGGUUAGGAUAGCAGCUACAGGCAUGAGUACUGGAGUGAACUGGCAGAUCAAGUAUGCUUUGGAUGCGGGUGCGCGAGGGGUUUUGAUACCGAUGGUUAAUACCGUGGAACAAGCGAAGAGUAUAGCUGAGGAUACUAAAUACCCUCCUCUUGGGAGAAGAGGAUACGGUGGAGCUUAUACUCAUGGGAACUGGGGUGUCAGCAGACCUGAAUACUUCAAGAAUGCCAAUGAGAACGUGAUGGUGAUCGUACAGAUAGAAACUGUCGAAGCGGUGCAGAAUAUAAGAGAAAUCGCGGCGAUUGAUGGGAUAGACGGGGUGUUUGUUGGACCUUCCGAUUUGUCUAUCACACUGGGCUUUCCACCGCCAUCUCCAGAUCCUCAUCCAGAUGUUGAGAAGGUUAUACAGCACAUCUUAGACGUUGCGCACGGAGCCGGGAAAAAGUGUGCCAUUUAUUGUAGUAAUGGACAGCAGGCAGCUCAUCGAGCCACUCAAGGGUUCGACAUGAUUAACGUCAUUAGUGAUAUCGGAGCCCUGUCUCAAGGCAUUGUGGCAAAUGUAGCGGCCGCCGAAGCUUCUAAAUCUUAA